AUGAGACUCUUGCCAGCUACUUUGCUGGUCGGAGCGGCCACUGCCGCCGUUCCCGCCCAGCAGGUCCUCAACCAGCAGGUCAUGAAUGGCCAGCCCCAGGAGGAACCUGCCGUGAAGGAGAAGGGCUUCGCCGGUGCUCUCCACAACUUCCAGGAGCAGCUCGAGACCCUCUCCGAUGAGGCUCGUAAGCUGUGGGACGAAGUCUCCAACUACGUUCCCGAGGCUAUGGACCACAACCCCGUCUUCUCUCUGCCCAAGAAGCACAACCGUCGUCCUGACUCUCAUUGGGACCACAUUGUCCGUGGCUCUGAUGUCCAGAAGAUCUGGGUUGACACUGUCGAGGGUGGCAAGGAGCGUGAAAUUGAUGGAAAGCUGGAAGCUUACGAUCUCCGUGUCAAGAAGACCGACCCCAGCUCCCUCGGCAUUGACCCUGGUGUUAAGCAGUACACCGGUUAUCUGGAUGACAAUGAGAACGACAAGCAUCUGUUCUACUGGUUCUUCGAAUCACGCAAUGAUCCCGCGAACGACCCCGUCGUUUUGUGGCUGAACGGUGGCCCCGGCUGCUCCUCUCUCACUGGCUUGUUCCUGGAGCUUGGGCCCAGCAGCAUUGGCGAGAACAUCAAGCCCGUCUACAAUGAUUUCUCAUGGAACAACAACGCUUCCGUGAUCUUCCUUGACCAGCCCGUCAACGUUGGCUAUUCCUACAGUGGCUCUGCCGUCAGCGACACUGUUGCUGCGGGCAAGGAUGUCUACGCUCUUCUUACUCUCUUCUUUAAGCAAUUCCCCGAGUAUGCGAAGCAGGACUUCCACAUUGCGGGCGAGUCGUAUGCUGGUCACUACAUCCCCGUGUUCGCUUCCGAGAUCCUGGCUCACAAGAACCGCAACAUCAACCUCAAGUCUGUUCUCAUCGGCAACGGUCUCACCGAUGGUCUUACCCAGUACGAGUACUACCGUCCCAUGGGCUGCGGUGAAGGUGGCUACCCCGCUGUCUUGGACGAGAGCGCUUGCCGGUCCUUGGACAAUGCGCUGCCCCGCUGUCAGCAGAUGAUCCAGUCCUGCUAUGACUCCGAGAGUGCGUGGGUUUGUGUCCCCGCCUCGAUCUACUGCAACAAUGCCAUGAUCGGUCCCUACCAGCGCACCGGACAGAACGUCUAUGAUGUUCGUGGCAAGUGCGAGGACUCGAGCAACCUCUGCUACAAGGGCAUGGGAUAUGUCAGCGACUACCUGAACAAGGCCGAGGUUCGCGAGGCCGUGGGUGCCGAGGUCAAUGGGUACGAUUCGUGCAACUUCGACAUCAACCGUAACUUCCUCUUCCAUGGUGACUGGAUGAAGCCCUACCACCGCCUUGUCCCUGGUCUUCUGGAGCAGAUUCCUGUCUUGAUCUACGCCGGUGAUGCCGAUUACAUCUGCAACUGGCUGGGCAACAAGGCCUGGACCGAGGCUUUGGAGUGGCCCGGACAGGCUAAGUAUGCCUCUGCCGCUCUGGAGGACCUCAAGGUCGAGCAGAACGAGCACAAGGGCAAGAAGAUCGGUCAGGUCAAGUCCCACGGCAACUUUACCUUCAUGCGUAUCUACGGCGCCGGUCACAUGGUUCCCAUGGAUCAACCCGAGGCUGGCCUGGAGUUCUACAACCGCUGGUUGAGUGGUGAAUGGUUUUAA